AUGGCUCCAGGUGACGUACCUCCCGAGAAGACCUCUUUAGCCGGGAGACUUGCAAAGGGCAGAAAAGCAAAGGACCUGCCAAGACUAGAUGUGAAGACGAUAAGACCUCAGCAUCUCAACUUAUGUCCGGUUGAAGAGGAUGCUUUGCUACCGGUACCGCAGCUCAGUCAUAAUCUCGACCGUGUGCUGUUCAACCCAGGAGUCUAUCAUAUGCAGGAUGGCCGGUCUCGCGUCUUUAAUUUCGAUCCUUAUCUUGCUUCCAUCAUGCCAGUCAAAGAAUUUGACUUUGAUGCGCUGAGGAGCUAUGUUACCUCAUCCAAGGAUGUCAAGUUGAGACAGCUCAGCGCCGCGCAUGGGAUGAAGUAUUGCGGCUCAACGUCGAGCAUGACUUCAAUUCUCUCACAUUUUCACUUUCUGCUCUCUGCCUGGAGGAAGCCUAAUUUCGCAUUCUUAUCACGAUCAAUAGAGCCCGAGUCCUUUAAUUUUACUGCCAUUAGCCGUGGACCUUCUGCCGCCUUUGCACACUAUAAUGAUGGCACCUAUGCGUUUGAUUCAGACAAAGAAUACGACACUGAGAAUAUUCUGAGCUUAUUGGGAAAGUCAAUGGAAAAGCUCCUUACAUUGCCGAAAGAUGAAUUCGAAAAAUAUAGGCUAUCGCGGUCUCAUCAGUUGUCAGAAGAGGAGAGAAAUGCACAGGACUCAUUUCAUUACACGACUUUGGGCGAUUUCAUGAUGCGAUCUCAGUUGGACGCCUACGAUCCUCGACUUCCUGGUUCUGGAAUGUUUGACUUGAAAACUAGGGCGGUAGUCGCCGUCAGGAUGGAUGUUCGAGGUUACGAGAAAGGUGCCGGCUAUGAAAUUCAGAAGCGAUUUGGCCAGUGGGAAUCUUUUGAGCGAGAAUACUACGACAUGAUCAGAACUGUUUUCCUCAAAUAUUCUCUGCAGGUGAGAAUGGGCCGUAUGGAUGGCAUCUUUGUCGCAUAUCAUAACACACAGCGGAUAUUUGGCUUCCAGUACAUCAGUUUGGAGGAAAUGGAUGUGGCUCUUCACGGAACAUCUGAUCGCCGACUGGGUGAUCAGGAAUUCAAAACAAGUGUCGCUCUUUUGAACGAGGUUAUGAACAAGGCAACACAACGUUACCCUGGUCGAACGUUGCGAUUGCAUGUCGAGACACGGGACACAAAAGUCCCUCUCACUUAUUUCUUCGUGGAGCCGGUGACGGAGGAGGAAAUGAAGACGACUCAGGAAGCUGGGAAAUCAUCAGUCGAGGAACUAGAGCGCGAGUUUCAGAUUCUCAGCGAAACUGAAAGUGAAGAAAACCCAAAUGAAGCCGAGAGUAUUGAGCAGCCCGAAUCACAGCCAUCUAAUGAAAAAGAAGAGCAAAUUCCCGACGAGCCUUCCUACCAGGACCCGCCAAAUGAAGCUGCCUGGAACGUCAUGAUGGCAAAAACCCCGGGAGGAGCUGGGCAACCUGACCGUGAAUUAUUGGGCAUGAUUGUUACAGUUCGCAAUCUCGUCAACGGCGAACAUGUUGACCGACCGACAAAUAUCAAGAAGGAGGACGAUUUUGAUUGGACCAUUGAAUAUAACAUUACUGAACUGCGAGAUAAAAGAGCGCGGAAAAUCUACGCAGGGAUGAAGCAGCGGCGGAAGAGGGUAUUUGCGCCAUCGCCUUCGGAUAGGUGGGAUUGGUACAAGAUGUUCCAGGGGAAGUUACCGGAGCUGGCCAAAAAGGGAGAGCAAUUCAGAGAAAUGCGUUCGCAGCAAGAAGCUGGCGGUCCAGUGCAGGUUGCUUGGGCGCGACAAGGUCUGUCCCACGAAGCCUUUAAACCUGCCGGAGAAGAUGUCAAGAAAGACACAUGA